AUGCGUUCACUUGCUGUCAUUCCUACCCUCUUCGCGGUAUCCGCCAUCGCCCAGACCUCCAUUGUUUCCGUCUAUCUCCCCCUCGGCGAACCGGACGCUACCUUCUCCGCAUCCGUCGUCAGUGUUAGGGACGCCCACACGACUUACGCCAUCAAGUGCAAAGGCUGCGAGGAUGAUGAGAUAACCUACACGGCUAUCGAUCAUCCUAGCACCGUUGAAUUCGCCUAUUCCGGCUCAGUAAACGCCCUCACCGGUUCAUGCAUCUUCUUGGAGAAGAACACCGCCUCUUGUACGGCGGAAAUGACUUACAGUGGCACCACGACACAGACGGAUGUCCCUAGUGUCACGAUAUUCCCCUCCGAGUAUAGUCCCGUCACGGUUACUGCGGGCGCGAGCAAGCUCGACGCUGACCCCAGCCCUACCGAUGACGUUACCCUUCCCCACCGGUGA